AUGCCGGACACACAACAUAACAUCGCCGUCCUAAUCUCAGGCAACGGCUCCAACCUGCAAGCCCUCAUCGACGCCGCCAACACCCCUUCCCUCCCCAACACCCGCAUAACCCAUGUAAUCUCAAACCGCAAAGCCGCCUACGGCCUCGAGCGCGCCGCCCGCGCCUCAAUACCAACAACAUACCACAACCUGCUCCCCUACAAAAAAUCCCACCCGGAAUCCGUAGACGCCGCGCGCGCCGCCUAUGACGCCGACCUCGCCUCCCUAAUCCUCGCCCUCACCCCGCGCCCCGACUUGCUCGUCUGCGCCGGCUGGAUGCACAUCGUAACGCCCUCGUUCCUGACGCCCAUCGCCGCCGCGGGGAUCAAAAUCAUAAACCUGCACCCGGCGCUGCCGGGGGAAUUUGCGGGCGCGGGCGCGAUCGAGCGCGCGUGGAGGGCGGGGAGGGAAGAAGGGUUGAAGCGCACGGGGGUUAUGAUUCAUGAGGUUAUUGCCGAGGUGGAUGCGGGCGAGGCGAUUGUGACGAAGGAGGUGGAGCUGCGGGAGGGGGAGGGGUUGGAGGAGUUGGAGGGGGAGGAUGCAUGA